AUGACGCAAAAGUCUGUUGCGAGAUCAAAAUUGCACAACUACAAAACUCUCCUCCACAGUAUGCAGCACUAUCGAAAACACGAUGGACCUGCUUUUCUUUGGGCAGAUGCCGUCUGCAUCAACCAGCAAGACCUGGCUGAAAGGUCGCAACAGGUUUCCUUGAUGGGGUCAAUCUAUUCCCAAGCAAAUUGGGUGAUUUCCUGGCUUGGGCCUUCUGACGAUUCUACCGAGAUAGCCUUCAGCCUGAUCAAAGCUUGCGCUGGCCACGUUGCCGAGACUGAAGAGAAGUUGGGGAGUUAUCCGGACUCAAAGGUGGCUUUUAGCGAGUCCGAUCUUGAGUUCUUGGGGCAGAAUCCUAAGUUUCACGAGCAAAACACGGAAAGAUUUGCCCGAAAUCAAGCCUGGAACGCGAUAGACAAGCUUAGUGGUCAUGUCUACUGGACACGAAUUUGGAUCGUGCAAGAGGUCGCUCUGGCGCAGAGGCCGAAUAUUGUCAUCAUCCACAGUGGCAAAGAAUCAAUGACUUUCCAACAGCUGAGCGACUUUAACCUGUUUGCUGAAAGGUUCGUGGCACAGAAGCCGCCUAAGCCUCCAUUCUUUGACCAACGCGUAUGGGAUUGGGUUAUCCAUGACAAUGAGCUCUCAUCUUUGUUCAUCAACUGGAUUCAGGUAUUGAGGAAAUCAGUAACGAAAGAUGAUUAUCGCCUGGUCCCACACAUCAGCGCAGUGUGUCGUUCCACUGAUCCACGAGAUGCCGUCUUUGGACUUGCAGGAGUCAUUGAGGGAGGUAUCGUUCCAGACUACACCAAGCAGCCCGCUGAGGUGUACUGGGACCUUGUGGCUGCUGCAGUGCGUCACAAGAAGUAUAAAAACUUCUUUUGCACUGCAGGGCUUAUUCGUGAGGACAGAAGCACUUCCGUCUUCCCGUCUUGGGUACCAAAGUUUCACACAUUGAAGGACGAUAUGAAUUAUGUCAUCCUACCACCAAAUUCCUUGGCGCAAGCCUGGCUAGACGAGAUGCACCCUGAAGGCCCGGUAAUACUGGACAAGCACAGAAUACGGUUUACUGGGUUGGAACUCGAUCAAUGCACAAAGGUGAUCCGAUACGUUGGAGAUCCGCAGCCUGAUCCAUUUGACGAUCUCAUGAAGAAGUUCUGGUGGACCUGCUUGGAGUUUCUCAAGGCGUGGGAUGAUGGUCACACGAGAAAUGGCACACGACCGCUGGAAAAGCUCCUGCGUGCGCUCAACAAAGGAAGAGAUACUCAGGGUCUUCCAUUACAAAUUACACCAUCUCUUCAAUGCUUAUCAGCACAUGCGUUUAGGAUCAUCCUGCGCACAGGAGAACCUGAAGACGAUGAUAAUGCAAAGGCAAAGUAUCGCUCCUUUGGAUAUGCGAGCCUAGAAGAAGUGAGAACAGCCCUCGACGAUGCCUUUAUAGGACCUGGAGCGCCAGAUAUAUCGACGCUGCACAGCGCUCUAAGUUCGGCAGAGUAUGAAGACGCGGUCAAUUCGUUUAAUCAAAUGACCCGCCUCUUGUUCAAGUGGAUUGGUUGGCCACUGUUCAUCACCAAACGCGGCCAAGUGGGACUUGCACCGCCAGCUAUCGUCGAGGGUGACAUUGUGUGCCUUCUAGAAGGUUUCUCGAUACCCUGUCUAUUGAGGAGAGUGGGCCAGGAAUAUUUGUUGGCGGGCUCAUGCUACGUGCAUGGCUACUCGGAUGGUGAGCCCUUGCAGCUCUUGAAAGGUGGAAAUCUGAAGCUUGAUGUCUUUGACAUACGAUAA